AUGGAAGUGGGAUCAAAUUACUCCACUAUCUUUACGAAGAACACCUUUCAGUUCUCCAUUCUGUCGCACAUGACGGCUGAGGGAGUGGUGUUUCCCCGCAUACCCGUAAAACAACACACUGUUCUCUAUAGCUUUCAUAUCCCCAAAGUGAUGGAAUCCGCUGUCAGGCUAGCAGUCAAAGCAGCACAAUGCCAAGCUGUGCUACGGGCAUGCCUUACCAACCACCUCAGCCACUGCCUUGCUACAAUGGCCUUCCUUAUUUGCCUACCUCCACGUGGGUCGCAUUUGAAGGAACUGCCCACACCCCAAGGGCGUCACUGUCGAGCUUCGAUCCAGGUACUCUACAGCCACCAUGCCUACCCUUACCCCAUGCUACACACCUGCCACAACAGCAACUACUACACUAUGGUCUAG